AUCUUGGAUGUCCGGGAGAACCCAAACUUGGUGAUGCCUCCAAAGCCCGUGGACCGAACUUCAGAGUGGUACAACAUUGACUUCUCCCUGCAGAAUCAAUUGCGGCUGGCUGGGGCAUCUCCUGCCACGGUGGCAGCGGCAGCUGGAGGGAGCAGCCCAAGGGACCCCCUGGCCCGGAAAAUGCGCUUGCGAAGACGCAAAGAUUCAGCCCAAGACGAUCAAGCCAAGCAGGUCUUGAAAGGCAUGUCAGACGUGGCCCAGGAGAAGAAUAAGAAGCUGGAGGAGAACGGAGACCUCAAAUACACGGAUCUGAAGACCCGCCGUUGGGACAAGAGUCUGGAGAAGCCUCAGCUCAACUAUUCGGAGUUCUUCACGGAGCACGUGGGGCAGCUGCCGGGGGUCACCGUCUGGCAUAUCGAGAAUUUCGUGCCCAUCUUGGUGGACGAGGCUUUCCAUGGGAAGUUCUAUGAAGCCGAUUGCUACAUUGUGCUGAAG